AUCCCGCGAGCCGAGCGCGCGAUCAACUCCGCCAUCAUCUGGUCCGCGGUGCUCGUCAUCGACAAGCUCUACGAGGGACGGAGCUACGCGCGAUUUUACGCGCUGGAGACGGUCGCCAGGGUCCCGUACUUCUCCUUCCUCUCCGUGCUUCACCUGUACGAGACGCUCGGAUUCUGGCGCAGGGCGGACUACCUGAAGGUACACUUCGCGCAGACGAUGAACGAGUUUCACCACCUGCUCAUCAUGGAGAGCAUGGGCGGCGAUAAACGCUUCACCGACCGCUUCUUCGCGCAGCACAUGGCCGUCUUUUACUACUUCAUCGCGUGCGCCAUGUAUCUGGUGUCGCCCCGCAUGGCGUACAACCUGAGCGAACAGGUGGAGGAGCACGCGUACCACACGUACGACGAGUUUCUCAAGGAGAACGAGCUCGAGCUCAAGUCCAAGCCGCCGCCCCCCAUCGCGACGCAUUACUACACCGAGGGCGACCUCUUCCUCUUCGACGAGUUUCAAACCGGUGCCGCCAGGCGGCGGCCGUCGAUCGACAACCUCUACGACGUCUUCGUCAACGUGCGAAACGACGAGGCGGAGCACAUGAAGACGAUGCAGUUCUGCCAGCUGCCGGGCGCGAUUCUCCGGUCGCCG